AUGUUAAAAGAUGCGACUAGAGACCUUAUAUGUGAAGGGUAUGAUGAUGGUCCUCGUUGUCCCCCAGAGAGUCCAAUGGUAGCUUCUUACUCAAGAAACAUAGAUGUGGAGAUUAUUGAUCUUUUGCAUAGAAGUUAUCAGGAACUGCGAGUUGCACAGAAGGAUGAUGGUCAAAGACAAGAAAUAGCUUCACAACAUGAGCCAAUGAUGAUCAAAUGUAGCAGUUUUGACUAUAAGAAAUCAAAAUCUGUUCUCUGCAAAAGGCUAUCUUGA